AUGUAUUCCAGCAGAAUAAGUAUUGAUUGUCUAGAUGGUACCGAUGAGCAAGAGGAGCGUUUUCAAUUUAGUUGGUUGAUCAAUCCCCAGUGUACGAAUAUUCAAACAUUUCAAUUUCAGGAACGUACUACUCGAUACCCUUUCUCGUUCUCAUGUGGUGAUGGUCAAUAUUUAUCAUCCUUUGAUUUACCUAAUCUCAUAAGUAGCUGUUCGAAUUAUCGAGAUAUAGAAUUCUCACGCUCAAUCCUUACUUCGCUAGAUCAUAUCUCAGACAUUGACUGUCGUGAUGCAUUUCUAUGUACUAUGUACUCCAAUCGAACACAAAAUACAGGUAAGAAUAUAUUUAGAGAAAGAAAAUAAAACUGAUAAGUAUAUGAAAAUCACUGUUCUCUUGUAUUCAAUCGAUCACUUAAGAGAAUAUACCGAAUAAUCUCCAAUUUUCAGUUUUUAAAGCUUAUUUAAAGUCUUAAUUUUUCAAGUAUUAGAAUAAAGUUAUAUGAGACAAUCGCACUGAAAGUCUUGAUACACAUGUCCCU